GUAAACUGAAUUUCGGGAAGAAAGAAACUCCUGUGCGAGUGUAUGUUCGGCGUUCCGUGUCUUCUUCUUGGAAUUGUUGAGUCUGGAAAGGGCUCCUCAGCGUUCAGUGCAGUCCGGAACCAAAGAGAAAGCGUGUCUGGCCUUCGAACGAUUGUAUAUCCAGAGUAGCUGCACAGCGAACCGAAGUAGCUGCUGCGGGGCCGGUCGCUGUGCCUCCAAAGCUAUGGAAUGAUUCUCCGAUUCCAAAGUUGAGCACGGGUUCCCUGUCGAAUCUCUCUGCUCGUCGCAGGCGAAAACACCCGAAGACGACUAUCAUCGACGACUGCGGUGUGUGUUCGAGUGUGUGAAUCAUCUGUGCGGGAAAACAACACGAGAAGCGAACGAGGCAACGAACGACUCAGCCGGAGAUGUACCACGUAUCUAUUGGGCUUCUUCGAAAGAAACCCUUUUUGCAUUCGCACCUUCUGCAACUUCUGUUGGCCGUUGGACUUCUUCGCUGGUCGGCUCCGCCAGAACCAUGGUCCCCCCUGUACAUAAGCAACAACCCAUCGAGCGGGAGCCUCGACGCGUUACAGUUGGCCCCUUGGGAGACGUAUGCACCUCAGGCGUCGCUCAUCCACCCGAAAGCUCUGCGGCACGACGAUGGCUACUUCGACCUGUUGGAGACCUUUUGCGAUUAUGACAGGUUAGCCAGGGCGGCCUCAAGAGGUCCUCUGAUCGCGUAUCUUGCGGAGGACGGUGCGCCAUCCAGAGCUCCUCACGCAUCCACGGGCUCCACCGCUCUCGAAGAGUGUCAAGCCGAGACUCUCAGUAGAGAAGACGCGGAUCUGAUCGAGAUUCUAUGGAAACAGGAUGUCGAUCUUGGGAUCCCUCUCGAAGACUAUAGACCGUGCAAUCAACCAGCGUCGCAGUCUGUGGCGGCAGCAUCGCCUCCCCCCAAGUCCGUCGAAGGGAGCACGGUCGUGCCGGUUCUCGACACGUUGGAAUCGAAGAAAGACUUUGAACCUUCAACCAACGAGCCCCGCGUGACGUCAAUUGACUCAGAAACCGGCGAACCCAUCUUCGAACCUGUUGCUGGACCUUCGACGCUCGAUAGUGUGCUUCAGAAUAACUCGUCGUCCGAUUCGUUCCUGGAUAUAAACGCUCUCAUGGGUGUUGUCAGCGAGGAGUUGUUCUGUGCGGAUCCUGAAUGGGCUCAGAUGCCUAGCUACUCCGGUGUUUCGAGUCCCCCCUUCAAUGGAACGGAUCCUUUCGGAGGAGUUCUCUUGCAGAAUGUCUCGAUGCCGUCCUCAUACGACGCGUCCGUGACCGCUGUGAACUCGACGAUGCAACAAGCUUCACCGGCUGCCGGCUCCACAUUCGCGAGUACUCCAACCGCUGCCGCUUCAGGAGACGCUCCCGUGGGGUGCAACGGUUGCAGUGAUUUGUCGAAGCCAACGGUGACCGAUCAACACGCUAUCCGAGAUCUCUUCACUUACAACAACUCAACUCAGAGCGGCUGGGAUUCUUUCGAGCUAUUCUAUGAGGAUCUGGCGGCUCUCGCAUCGAACACUACAAAUGCCACGAACAGUCACUCCGAAAGCAACCGUCUCGUUCCUCUUGGACCCACGACCGUCAGCCAACCCGCGAGUAGAAUGAGUUCUUCAUCUGCGAAUGGCGGAAGUGUAUCCCUCAAACACACGAGCAUCGGGGACGGAGGAUACGCCGCUAGCGAUACCGGAGUAUCGUCUAUGUACUCUGACGAGGCGAACGAGGAAUGGAUGGAGAGUUCUAGCGAAACUUCUCACGACCACGACCAGGAACAAUUGGUGUCGACGGACGUCAGUUACCACUCGAACUCGUCAUCGAUGUCGUUCGGUUCCGCUGAAGGGUGCACAGUCCCGCAGAAAAAAUACAAUUUCUUCGGACGAAAACCCUAUCACCAGACUUCCAACGGCACGGUGGACCGCUCGAUCGAGGAGAGUCAUGUCGUGCCCCAGCCUCUCAAAAUCGCCCACAACCCAGCCAUGGACGGCUUCCUCCACAACCAUUCGUACGGCCAAGAGCAGCUGAGCGCCGGUUACAACGUGCCGCAGUUGCCGGUCGGGGUGAAACUCGAGACUCAAUUCCACUCCGAGCCGAGGAAGCAGAGUUCCGCGUCUCAGGCCGACGGCUACGAAUCGUCCGACCCAUCGGAGUCUGGCGCCGGAUACAUCCAAGUGACGUCGGCCAAGGACGAACGCCGCGCGCGGGAACUGAAGAUCCCGAUUCCGACCGAAGAAAUCGUGACCCUCUCGAUCGAAGAGUUCAACGAGCGUUUGACUCGCUACGAGUUGAGCGAAGAUCAGCACGCCCUCAUCCGCGACAUCCGUCGCCGAGGCAAGAACAAGGUGGCUGCACAAAAUUGCCGAAAACGGAAACUGGAUCAGAUCUCUGCUCUGCAAGACGAAGUUGAGAAUUUCCAGGACACGUGUCGCUCUCUUCAGAACGAAAACGAUGAAUUGACCCGACGCGAACUCUACGCUCAGCAGAGGCUGAACCAGCUACGAGAUGUGAUAGCCAACGCUGCGAAUUCCGGCGCGAUUCCCAAACACCACGGCCACCAUAAAAUGGCGAAUUCGGAGUAGUCGCCGACUGCGUCCUACGUUGUAUAGAAACCAUCCGUGUACAUACAUAGUGGGCCACCGCGGUGAGCUGGGCCGAAAGCCUCCCUGGCGGACAAAUCGGACAGUACCAGGGAAGACGGUUGAACGGUAUUGUUCGAGAGACGACUUAUCGGUCAAGUUUUCCUUAUACUUGUUUGCAUUACCGGUGAUAGUAGAUAGAUGCUACAACUCUACACGACUUGGCGACGCUCCAAUGAGAAUCACAUCCUCGUGUAUUUUUGUCUCAAGAACACCCGGUGUUCGCAAAAAGUGCGUGUUUGCGUGCGUGUCUGCGAGCGUGCGUGGAAGAGGUCAUUCGUGCGUUCGAGUCCCCCCUACAGUCUUAUCGCUACGAAAAUUCCCAACGGACAUCUUUUCUCAGUUCGAGUGUCUGUCAGCUGUAUGAACGAGCGUGUCCCGUUUCCGGUAAGAGAGAUACUCCAUCCCGACGAGAGGACUUCCUGCUGAGUUCGAAUCAUCAGCGGCAACAGAAAUGACCUCUAGUCCAGUCUACUUGAACAAAUCGAUUGUGGGCAUUUUGUGAUUGGAGAGGGUGGUGCGUGGUGUCGAGGGAAUUCUAUUUUUGUACAUAGCAUGGAGCACAUGUAAAUAGAAGAUAAUAAAUAAUUUAAUGUCUUCAUCAUCAAACAGAG